AAUAAUACCAGAGGAAAAAGCUCUUUCCUCAAAAAGAAUCCCAAAAGCAAUUUUCCUUUUUAACUCCAAGUAGGACUAUCAGUCUAUCACUAUGUUACGACCACAGCUCGUGUCGGUAGAGAAACUGUUCACGCCCCCAAAAUAAAUCCCAUGGCCUCACUCUCUGCUUCUUCUUCUUCCUCUUCUCUGCUAACACUUCUCUCCCUGGCCAGAGUCUCAGGCUUCAUUGUUGCAGCUCUUGUCAUCUCUUGGGCUCUUCUUUUCAACUCCAGUUUUCUCCCUCAUUCUUCUUCUCAUGAAGGCCUUAUUUAUGCCGUUCUCCAUCCGUUGCUAAUGGUGAUUGGCUUUAUUCUCAUUAGUGGAGAAGCGAUUUUGGUGCACAGAUGGUUGCCUGGAUCUAGGAGUUUGAAGAAAUCAGUACAUUUGUGUCUUCAAGGAGUGGCUUUGGCUUCUGGGAUUUUUGGUAUCUGGACAAAGUUUCAAGGCAGAGAUGGGAUUGUGGCUAAUUUCUUCAGUUUGCAUUCUUGGAUGGGUUUAAUAUGCAUUUGCUUGUUUGGAGCUCAGUGGUUGAUGGGUUUCUUGAGCUUUUGGCAGCGAGGGGAGAUGAGAGCAGUGAGAGUAAAAGUGUUGCCUUGGCACAUAUUUGUUGGUCUCUACACAUAUGGAUUGGCAGUGGCAACAGCAGAGACUGGGCUAUUAGAAAAGCUCACUUUCUUGCAAACAAAUAGGAAUGUAUCAAAAAGAUGUCCAGAAUCCAUGAUUGUUAAUUGCUUAGGACUUAGCUUGGCUUUGCUCAGUGGGAUGGUUAUAUUUGCUGCAGUUUCUCCCAAGAGCCAAAGCCUUCGUACUAAAUUAUUGUUCACCGAGUCAUCAACUAAGCCAGAAUGAUUACAUUAUUUUUCAAUGAUGAUAUUUGGUAUCUCCAA